AUGAGCGAAAUAUCAAGUUUGAUUAAGUUCCGUGGGCAGCUGAAGGCGUCCGUAACAAGAUUUUUAAAUUUUGUAACGAAAGAGAACGUAGACGUAAAUGAGGUACACGUAAGAAAAGAGAAAAUAGAAGGAAUCUGGAGCGAAUACGAGCGAAUCCAAUCUGCAAUAGAAGAGACGGAGGGCGUAGAGAUGAACGAACAAGAUAAAUAUCGAGAAGAGUUUGAAGAUAUGUUUUUUAAGGCAGUCGGAAUAGCCAAAAAAUUGACAGAACCAGUGGUCAAUAAAAAAGAAGCGCAACCAUAUCAUGGUAUUGAUGAAGAUAGAACGUGCGAACGGAAUGACCGGUCAAUAGAAAUGAUAAGCGAUAGUAAAAAUAAUGGUCGACAAAUAUCGCGUCCACCGAUAAGAUUAUCGGCGUUGAAUGUGCCAACGUUUUCGGGCGAAUAUAACGAGUGGGCAACAUUCCACGAUAUAUUUACAUCGUUAAUUCAUAAUAACGCGGAUUUAUCUCCAGUUGAAAAAUAUAGUAAUAAAAAAGUGCUGGUACAAACACAUGUAAAGUCAAUGUUUGAAUUAGAACCAGUCACAUCUGAAUCGUCGGCAAGAUUGCGACAGUUUACGGAUGCAUUAACCAGUCAUAUGAGCGCACUGGAAACACUAGGUCACAUGCCUAGCAAUUGGGGACCUUUACUAGUGCAUUUAAUUGUAACAAAAUUAGAUAAAAAUAGUAGGCGUGAGUGGGAGACAAAUGCACCUAAAGAAGAAGUAGCACCGGUCGAAGUAAUAAUUGAAUUUUUAGAAGCACGAUUUAAAAUAUUAGAAGCAAUCGAGACGUGCAAAAAUAUAAAUAAUCGACAGGGUGCGUACAAAUUUAAUAAUCAUAAUAAACAAUUUAAUGAAAGGUCGUCGUCACUAGUUAUAGGAAAUAAUAAAGGUUGUUAUAUUUGUCAAGCGCCACAUACCAUUUAUAAAUGUCCGAUAUUUAUCGCGUUACCGGUUACAGAAAGAAUAAAAAAAGUAGCCGAAAUGAAAUUAUGUAAAUUGUGUUUACGACAGCACGCCCCGAAAAAGUGUAAUAGUAAGAAUUGUUUUACUUGUUCGAAGCCUCAUAACACCAUGCUACAUUUAAGUAAUAAUUCAGAGUUAAGAAAGUCGGAAGCAGAAAAACCGUCUGAAGAUCAAGAAACAGCAUCAGCUAUCAGUGUACACGUAGCCGCUAACUCGAGCGACCAGGUAUUAUUGUCAACAGCGGAGGUGUGGGUUCAAAAUGAAAGUGGCGAAUCGCAAAUCGGGCGUGUAUUGUUAGAUUCAGGUUCACAGUGCAAUUUUAUAACCGAAAGUAUGGCACAAAUAUUAAAAUUAAAAAAGACGCGCGUACAACAUACCGUAUUGGGCAUUGGCGGGAAAAGUCAAUACGUGAAGGCGGCUGUUGUAGUGACGAUUCGCUCACGCAUUAAUAAUUAUAGUUUAACGUGUUCCUGUUUAGUUGUGCCUAAAAUUACAAAUGCUUUACCAUCAGUAAAUAUUGGAGGGGUAUGCAUAGUACCCUCUAAUAUAGAAUUAGCGGAUACUUCAUUUAAAAUUCCAAAAAAAAUUGAUUUGUUAUUAGGCGCGUGUCACUUUUUUGAAAUAUUAUGCAAACAAAAGAUUAAACCGACAAUAAAUGGACCAAUAUUUCAGGAAACUCAAUUGGGCUGGGUUGUUUCCGGUUUAGUAACUUCGAAAUGUGCAGAUAACAAACAUAAUAAUAUAAAUUGUCAUACCGCGACGUUAGUAGAUGAAGACAGAAGUGCUAGGUUGGAAAUUAUGGUAUCAAAAUUUUGGCGUACUGAAGAGUUUGAGGCGGCAGUGCCAUAUACUAAGGAAGAGAAAAAAUGUGUUGAUCACUUCGAAAGUACGGUAAAUCGAAAGGAAAACGGUAGAUUUAUCGUACAUUUACCUUUAAAAAAUGACGCGAAUAUAAAAAUUGGACCGUCAUACGAAAUCGCGAAACGUCGAUUUUUAGCAUUAGAGCGCCGUUUGCAACAUGACGUAAAAUUAAAACAAGAUUAUACUACGUUUAUGAGGGAAUAUGAAACGUUAGGUCAUAUGGAGCUCGUAAAAAAUGAAGAAAAGUUUGGUGAAACGUGUUAUUUGCCGCACCAUGCGGUAAAAAAUGAGAACAGUAAAACAACGAAGUUGCGGGUAGUAUUCGACGCGUCCUGUAAAACGGAAUCCGGAUAUAGUUUAAACGAUACACUAUUGAAAGGGCCGGUUAUACAGGACGAACUGUUAUAUAUAAUAUCAAGAUUUAGAACGCAUAAAUUUGUAUUAACGGCAGAUAUACAAAAGAUGUACCGCCAAGUAUUAGUGACGAAGCAAGAUAGCGAGAAACAACGAAUUUUAUGGCGCGCGGACCCCUCACUGCCAAUACAAAUUUAUCGUUUAACUACACUUACUUAUGGAACAGUACCGGCAUCAUUUUUGGCAACAGCAUGUUUAAGGAAAAUAUCUGAACAAGAAACGUCAUAUUUAAAAGCUUGCGAGGCGAUUAGAAAUGAUUUUUAUAUGGACGAUUUCCUAAGUGGCGCGGAAACGAUAGAAGAAGCAAUAAAGUUACGUGACGAAGUAAUUUUAAUAAUGAAAAAGGCGGGAAUGACUUUAAGAAAGUGGUCAUCAAAUGAACCAAGUAUAGUUAGUUGUAUAUCAGAUAAAGAAAAAUCGAACGGGUGUAUUUUUGAAGAAGAAUCAAUAACGAAGAUACUCGGGCUGUAUUGGAACGCUAAUGGUGACGUACUACAAUACAAGGUAAAAGAAUAUAACGAAAAUACUACAAUAAGUAAAAGGCAUAUUUUAGCGGAGACUGCCGCGAUAUUCGACCCGAUGGGACUGGUCGGUCCAAUUAUAGUACAAGCAAAAUUAAUAAUACAGAGUUUAUGGCAAAUUCGUAUUGGUUGGGACGAUCCAUUACCAGAUCACAUACGUAUAGAAUGGGUCAAAUAUAGAAAAAGUUUAUCGAUGUUAAACAAGCUGACUAUACCACGUAAUAUUGGGGGUAGUCAAAAAUUAACAAAUAUACAAAUACACGGAUUCGCGGACGCGAGUAUCAAAUGUUACGGAGCGUGUAUAUUUUUACGUAGUACCAAUGAACAAGGAGAGCACACAGCCAAAUUAAUAUGUGCAAAAUCAAAAGUCACCCCACUUAAAGUUAUAUCAUUACCGAGGUUAGAACUAUGUGCAGCACUUUUAUUGGCGCGUUUAGUGAGCCGUAUUGUUCCGAAAUUAAAAUUAAAUAUCGCGAAAAAAUAUUUUUGGUCCGAUUCAAAAAUAGCACUAUCAUGGAUAGCAUCGCCAUCGACAAAAUGGAAGACAUUUGUGGCACACCGUAUCGGCGAGAUACAGGAGCUAUCGAACAUAACAGAUUGGUCAUAUGUUAAGUCAUCGGAGAACCCGGCCGAUAUAAUAUCGCGCGGAUGCGACGCAGAGCAAAUAUCAGGUAUGAAUUUGUGGUGGGACGGACCGGAAUGGUUAAAAAACAACACCGAGGACUGGCCGGUGACAGGAAAAACCAGCCAAAAUGAUAACAUAGAAAUGCUACCGGAAUCGAAAACAAUACGAAAUAUAGCUCUUGUGGCGACCGGCGAAUUUAUAUUAUUCGAAAGAUAUUCGUCGUUAAAUAAAAUAUUACGUAUUGCAGCGUAUUGGUUACGAUUCAGAGAUUUUUUAGUAAAAAAAUCUAGUGCAUCAGUCGGACCACUGAAACCAGAAGACUUAGAACGCGCAAAUAUUGGUCUAAUUAAAAAUCGCGAACACUUAAGGUGUAUGCACGGGGGCCCAUUGGCGAUAUUAGCCUUAGUGCGAUUGUACUAUUGGCCGUUGAAAGCACGAAAUAUCGCUCGGGCGACGGUUCAUAAAUGUGUUACGUGUUUCAAGCAAAAACCGGUGUUCGUUGAACCCAUAAUGGGUGAUUUACCUCGUGAACGCAUAGAACCAUCGCGUCCCUUUAAAGUCAGCGGUAUUGAUUUCGCGGGACCGUUGUUAAUUAAAGACAGCUUAAAAAAGCGAGCAUCACUGACAAAAGGUUACGUGUGUAUUUUCGUGUGUUUUGCGACCAAAGCUAUUCACAUAGAUGAAAUACAAAAACAAACAGCAAAUGAUGGAGUAGAAUGGCGAUUCAUUCCCCCGCGUUCACCACACUUUGGGGGUCUGUGGGAAGCCGCAGUAAAGUCGAUGAAAAAUCUGAUCGGUAAAGUGCUAGGCGAGUCGCAUCUAACGUACGAAGAAUUAAAUACUAUACUCACCCGGGUAGAAGCAUGCCUUAACUCCCGUCCUUUAACUGAAAUGUCAUCCGAUCCUUCCGACCUAACAUAUCUUACUCCUGCCCAUUUCCUAAUUGGAGAAUCUCUGAUGGCCGUACCGGAAAGAGAUGAAAGUACAAUGCCGGCGAAUCGAUUAGACCGGUGGCGUCGUAUUCGACAAUACUCUCAAAUUUUGUGGAAACGAUGGAGCCACGAAUAUUUAAAUCAAUUGCAAGACGGGUAUUGUCGGUCCACCACGGAGAGGACGGAGUAACUCGUACGGCGUUGGUGAAAACUAUGACGGGCGAGUACAACCGGGCGGUAC